AUGAGCUUCACUGAUGUUUUCCUGAGCUUUCCAAUACUGGGCAGCCAACUGGGCAGCCACCUGGGCAGCCACCUGGGCAGCCAACUGGGCAGCCACCUGGGCAGCCAACUGGGCAGCCACCUGGGCAGCCAACUGGGCAACCAACUGAAUGUUCUGAAACUCUGUACGAGGUAUAAUACUGUAUACUCUAUAACUUGUCUACCUAUCAUCUCCCCAGGCCCGUCCUCCUCCAGUCCUCGGCUGAUGACUAAGAGCCUAUCCCUGGAGCCUGGUGCUCACGGUGCAUGCCUCGGGGCCCACGACGACGACUCAGACACCCAGACAGAGACCCCUCGCCUAAGCUCAGACCCCGGCCCUCAAACCUCCGGGCCACUGGGUCUGCAAUCCCCCGGGGCCCUGCUGAACCCCGCUCGACACAGCUGUAACAGAGGAGACAAUGGGAGUGGAACUCCUCAAGAAGUGCCCUCCACCGCCCUCAAGACACGCCCUCCCUUACCUGGGCCUAAACCACAAGUGCCCCCAAAGCCUCCUCACCUGCAGCAGAGUGCUGGUGCUGCUAGACCACGCCCCCGCGCCCCAGACAAGCCCCUCCCUCUGCCUCCACCCUGUAGACCUCUGCCUGCAGACCCCAGAGGGGGAGGAGCCAGCCAUCCCCAAACACUCCCCCGCGUUGAGGGAAGCUCCUCCCCCACCGCAUGCGUGCUCUCCCUCAUCGAGAAGUUUGAGAGGGAGAAGAUCAUUGUGGUGCCUGAUAUCACGGGAGGGGGUCUCUGCACCCCCCGGCUCCUCGAGACGGGACCAGGAGGGGACACCUUCUCUCCCGCAGCCUCAGAGCUCCCUCUGGGCUGUCUCCCCGUGGUCUGGCCCCCUGGUUCCUCUCAAGACCUCCAGGAGCUCCGGGAUCUACCUCAGGGGCUGGCUGUGCUGGUUAAUGUGUUGCCGGGGGAGACGGAGGUACCAGAGGAUGACAACGAUAAUGAACUAGAAACGUUGUGCUCUAUCUCUGACAAGCGUCUGUCCAUGGAGUCUGGCUACAGCGCCUCGGAGAGACUCACAGACACCAUGGAGAUGAGGGAGCAGGUGGGGUCAGAAUCAGAGAGCCAAUCAGAGAUCCCCUCUGAACACUUGCCCCUCCUUCAGCCGCAGACGGACGGCAAGCUGGCCAAUCGGGACUCUGGCAUCGACAGCAUCAGCUCUCCGUCCCACAGCGAGGAGCUGUGUUUCGCCGGCGACGAGGACCGGGUCAUCUACCCAUGUAGUCCCGCCCUCACGCUGCCACGCCUCUCUAGCUCCUCCUCUUCCGGCUAUGCCGAGGGUCCGGGGGGAGAGGGGGCAUCGGCUGAGGGGGGGAGAGAUUCGGAGGGGGACAGUGACUUGGAGGAGGGGAGUGGGGACGAGACAAUUGAACUGAUCAACCCCAUGAUGGAUCUGCUGCCUUUGGCCCUGCCUCAAACAGACAGACAGGACUCUACGGAGCUGUCGGUGCAGCAGCGUGUGUUCAACAUAGCCAAUGAGCUCCUCCACACAGAGAAGGCCUACGUGUCUCGGCUGUACCUCCUGGACCAGGUGUUCUGCUCCUCCCUCCUAGAGGAGGCGCGCUCCCGCUCCUCCUUCCCUCUAGAUGUGGUCAUGGGUAUCUUCUCCAACAUCUGCUCUAUAUACUGUUUCCACCAGCAGUUCCUGCUCCCCGCCCUGGAGAAACGCAUGGCGGAGUGGGAUGUGAACCCGCGCAUCGGGGAUAUCCUGCAGAAGCUAGCCCCCUUCCUGAAGAUGUACGGAGAGUACGUGAAGAACUUCGACCGGGCCAUGGAGCUGGUCAACACCUGGAUGGAGAGGUCGUCCCAGUUCAAAGCCAUCGUCCACCAAAUCCAGGUAGGGGUUUAUGAGGGCUGCA